AUGCCAAGCAGCUCCAGUGCCGGGGUUAUCCUGAACCCCUCCCUAGACCUGGCUGAGUCUCUUCGACACCGCUCUGUCUGGGGGUCCAGGGUCGUGGACGACUCCUUCGCCUCUCAAUUCGUUCCACUCCCGGUCUCCAGUAGCAGCAGUUGUCUCAGUGUAAAUUCUCUCGUCCAUGAUGCUGAGUCCGGGACAGAAUUGAGCAAACAGAACCAGCGACCUGGGGAUAGGCCUUUGUCUGAAAGACAGUUUGCUGGACUGCAGACAGCGGCGUCUCAAGGGUUGACAUUACAUGGAGAGAUGGACAGUAUGGAGAAGUUGGUAAAGCAGUCUCGGGACCUUCCCCUGAUACUCGAACUCGAACAGGUAAGAAAAAAAACGAUUGAAUGGCUUCAUAAAAUAUUUGAGAUGAUGAUGACUAAAAUGACUGUUUGGAAUGGCUUGUCAUUUCCAGGUAGGUAGGCCUACAGUAGAAGUCGGAAGUUUACAUACGCCUUAGCCAAAUACAUUUAAACUCAAUUUUUAACAAUUCCGGACAUUUAAUCCUAGUAAAAAGUCCCUGUUUUAUGUCAGUUAGGAUCACCACUUUAUUUUAAGAAUGUGAAAUGUCAGAAUAAUAGUAGAGAUUUAUUUCAGCUUUUAUUUAUUUCAUCACAUUCCCAGUGGGUCAGAAGUUUACAUGCACUCAAUUAGUAUUUGGUAGCAUUGCCUUUAAAUUGUUUAACUUGGGUCAAACGUUUCAGGUAGCCUUCCACAAGCUUCCCACAAUAAGUUGGGUGAAUUUUCACCCAUUCCUCCUGACAGAGCUGGUGUAACUGAGUCAGGUUUGUAGGCCUCCUUGCAUUUUCAGUUCUGCCCACAAAUGUUCUAUAUGAUUGAGGUCAAGGCUUUGUGAUGGCCACUCCAAUACCUUGACUUUGUUGUCCUUAAGCCAUUUUGCCACAACUUUGGAAGUAUGCUUGGGGUCAUUGUCCAUUUGGAAGACUCAUUUGCGACCAAGCUUUAACUUCCUGACUGAUGUCUUGAGAUGUUGCUUCAAUAUAUCCACAUAAUUUCCCUUACUCAUGAUGCCAUCUAUUUUGUGAAGUGCACCAGUCCCUCCUGCAGCAAAGCACCCCCACAGCAUGAUGCUGCCACCCCCGUGCUUCACGGUUGGGAUGGUGUUCUUCGGCUUGCAAGCAACCCCCUUUUUCCUCCAAACAUAACAAUGGUCAUUAUGGCCAAACAGUUAUAUUUUUGUUUCAUCAGACCAGAGGACAUUUCUCCAAAAAGUAAGAUCUUUGUCCCCAUGUGCAGUUGCAAACCGUAGUCUGGCUUUUUUAUGGCGGUUUUGGAGCAGUGGCUUCUUCCUUGCUGAGCGGCCUUUCAGGUUAUGUCAAUAUAGGACUUGAUUUACUGUGGUUAUAGAUACUUUUUUACCUGUUUCCUCCAGCAUCUUCACAAGGUCCUUUGCUGUUGUUCUGGGAUUGAUUUGCACUUUUCGCACCAAAGUACGUUCAUCUCUAGGAGACAGAACGUGUCUCCUUCCUGAGCGGUAUGACGGCUGUUUGGUCCCAUGGUGUUUAUACUUGCGUACUAUUGUUUGUACAGAUGAACGUGGUACCUUCAGGCGUUUGGAAAUUGCUCCCAAGGAUGAACCAGACUUGUGCAGGUCUACACAUUUUUUUCUGAGGUCUUGGCUGAUUUCUUUUGAUUUUUCCCAUGAUGUCAAGCAAAGAGGCACUGAGUUUGAAGGUAGGCCUUGAAAUAAAUCCACAGGUACACCUCCAAUUGACUCAAAUGAUGUCAAUUAGCCUAUCAGAAGCUUCUAAAGCCAUGACAUCAUUUUCUGGAAUUUUUAAAGGCACAGUCAACUUAGUGUAUGUAAACUUCUGACCCACUGGAAUUGUGAUACAGUGAAAUAAUCUGUCUGUAAACAAUUGUUGGAAAAAUUACUUGUCAUGCAAAGUAGAUGUCCUAACCAACUUGCCAAAACUAUAGUUUGUUAACAAGACAUUUGUGCAGUGGUUGAAAAAUGAGUUUUAAUGACUCCAACCUAAGUGUAUGUAAACUUCCGACUUCAACUGUAUGUCUAGUGUUGUACAACAAGGACAUAAGCACUGCAGCCUGUAGUGCUGUUAUCUAGGCAAAUGCUUUGUUGUAAUUGAGGCACUGAUUAUUGAUGUUGUGUGCUGUAUUUUGAAGCAGUGCUUAUUGGUACUGUAAUGUGCCAUGUUUUAGCUGAGGCAGUGGCAGCAGCACAUGCAGGAGCAGCUGAGAGCCUACCAGCUGGAGGAGCUGGUCCGUCUCCAGGAGGAGCAACAGGGGCUACUGAGCAUGGUGCAUGUGGCUCAACAGGAUGGAGCAGGUACUGAAAACACGCUCACAUUCCCUGUUAUUGCUGUGUCAUUGAUGUUAUUCCGGUGGUAUUACUGAGCAGGCUGGAUGGAGCAGGAAGCUCCAGUUAUUGAGUUUGACAAGACUGUGUGGUUUCCCACAGAUUACAUAGAGACCUCCAGGUUGACGGGAACAGACUGGGGAGAGGGCACUCUAUUGGGGGACGCCCCCCUCUCUCACAGACCCCCAACAGCCCAGAGCUUCCCUAUAGGCCCCCCCACAAGGGCCUGUGUCUUCCCAGCUUUGGAGACGGGGUCCUACCUUCCAGCAGCCUCCAAGGGGCCAGGAGCAGGAGGAAGAGUAUCAGGACCAAACACUGGGUAGGAAAAGUGCUUACUGGGGGAAAAUGUACUUACCAUGACUGUGAUAUGUGGUUGUCUCACCUAGAUACCUUAAGCGGGAGGCACUAACUGUAAGUCGAUCUGGAUAAGAGCGUCUGCUAAAUGUCUAAAAUGUCAAAUGUGCCCAGGUGCUUAAAAGCAUUUAAAAGUGCUUUUACAUGAGCAUUGACUCAAACUCUGUUGUAACUCACACAGGGACAGAAGCAUGGAGCAGUCCACACAAACAUCAGCUGAGUGGGGAUGCUGAUCAUAUGGGUGAUAAUGAGGAGAUGGAAGAAGUCACGUUAUCCCCCCAUUUUGCUCCCUCUAUGACUGAAGACUGCAAAGCAUACAGAGGAGAUGACAGUGAACUAAACUCACAGGACAGGUAAAUGUUUAAUUUCAUAUUUGAGAUGAAAACAUCUAAACAUUAUUUAUUUCACUAUUCUCAGUCAACUUACAGUACAGACUACAAAGUGAUUUAGCUAUGUGUUUAUAUGCUCUACUCCAGACCCAUUAAACCAGGAAUAGAGGGGCAGAAGCAGACGUUUGAGGAGCUCCUGGAGGAACAGCUGAGACUGGAGGAGCAGAGACUGAAGACCACCCAGCAGCAGCAGGUCAGAGACUAACCCUAUCAUCGCUACACUACACUAAAUAUGGGCUGUAGAUAGACUAAAAGGGUAGCUCACCCAAGUGACAAGUUUGAGGUCGAUUUAGGUAUGGUGGUCUUUGGAGCUACAGUACCAUUCCCUUUUUUGGGGGGCAUGCAACAUUGCUAAUGCUAAGCUGUCUCUCCAUCCCAACAGAGCCCAGAGGCAGUUGAGGGAGCCAGUCCAAGAGCCAAUCCCAAAAGGGCCUUCCUGAGGCGAGGGGAGGGCCUCUCCAGAUUCGCCAACAGAAGCAAAGCUCCUUUACCCAACAGUCGGAGACCCCAAAAAGACCCCAAACCCCAGGGCAAGGUCAGCACCCGUUGGACCUCAGAGUCCAAGCCCACCCAGAGGGUCAGUCAGUGGCCACCCAUACAGCGCAAGACUUCUGUGCUCAACAAGGAGAACAGACCCAGAGAUCCCUGCUCACCCCUCCUGGACAGUGGCAGACCAGAGAGCAAGACAGCCCAGCCAGACUCAGUGAGACCCGGAGUCCUGGGCAGUCACCACAGACCGAACAUGGCGACAUCUGACCUUCUGAGACCUAGGGAGGUGAUUAGUAACAAGGUGGGUGGGACUUCUCAGCCUGUGAAUAGAACUCCUGCAGCUGUAACUAAACAGUUUGGGCUUGAGGAGAGGACUGGGGCCCUGCAGAGGAAUGGAAUUGGUCCACUGAGACCGGAUGGCGCAGCAGAGGGAAAACCAGGCGUUGUUCCAGAGUAUUCCUUUGAGCUGUCAUUUCAGGAGAAGCUGCAGCGCUGGGACUGUGACCAUCACAAGGAGUGUGUGGAGCUGGGAGAGUUUGAGCUGCUGGAGCAGGCAGCCGAGGAGCUCUCUUUCUCCUCCAACUCAUCCUUCGUCAUGAAGGUUUGUAAUGUCUUUUUAUAAUGUAUGGCAUACAUUUUUGGGGGAUGUUUCACAAAUGAAUCCUCACAGUUGCUUAUUAAAUGUAAACCUACAGGUGCUGCAGCUGGACCAGCAACACCCCCUCCAUGGCAGCUGGGGGCGCCACCCGCAACGCCUGUCCUCCACUCCAAUCAAAUCCCCCAAACCCUCGCCAACUAAAGGGGUUCACAGCGGAGGCACCAGUAAAAGUGGCCUAGGCACAGGGACCAGCUCCUCUGAAUCACCAGGAGUAUCUGCUGUGAGGGCAAAGGAGGUUGUGAUGAGGGAAAACAGCAAAGCCACUGAGGAGGAAGAUGAAGUGAGUGACCGCAAACAACAUGAGGAAAUCUCUGAUGUCUCAUUCCACAGUAGCUCUGAAUUUGGGGAUCGGGAGGAAGUAGCCCGACCGCCGUACCAAACUAUACUUCCCAGCAACCUCUGGGAAAACCCGCUCCCCACAUCCAACCCUCCAUACGACAAGAGGUCAUAUCAGGACAGAGAGGGGGGUUCAGGCCAGGCAGAGGGGGGUGGGGAGAGUGAACUUGACGACUCCACCCUAUUGAAUGACAGAGAAGAGGGGGAACGCGAGGGUCGGUUGGUGUUUGAUGACGAUGACACCUGGAAUGACCUGGAGGAGGCUGGCAGCAUCGUUGAGGACCACAGCAGAACAAAAGGCGCUGCUACAGGAAACAGCCACACUCUCACAGUAACAGGAAACGACAUCUCACCCCCAGAGAGGAUGCUGAAUAGAAAGGUGGCUGUGGCCAAAGGGGUGGAGCUGGAGAGAGUGUCAGUUAUCACAGCAGCCAACCAGGAGCCAGAUCCUCCUCCCGCCUCCCAACUUAUGGCCAGGCUGUUCCCCUCACUGAAGCCCAAGACCCAGGUCCCUCCUCCACCUCAACCAGAGCCUAGGAAGACUGAGGAUGGACCAGGUGAGAGAGACAGUGCAAACACACUCUUAACCCAGGGGAGCACCUCAACAGCAGCUCUCCAACUUUUUUUCCCUUCCAAAGUUGGUCGCACCAGCAUUAAACUCUGUGUGUGUGGUCAGGCCAGCAGCAGCAGUCCUGGCAGCUGAGGGAGAGGCUGGUGGAGAUGGAGCUGGAGAUAGAACGAUUCAGGACAGAGAAUGCUGCCCUGGCCAGACUCAGACUGGAGAACGAGAAAAACCAGGAAUAUCUCAGGUAUCAACCAUCUGGUCUGAACUGGAAUGGGACAGUUUUCCCCUCAUUCAAUGGCAUUGUUACAAAAUGAAUAUUUAGUAACCCCCAUAUUAAAUUGAUUAAUAUUGGGUAUAAAAGUGUCUGAAAAACAUUGAUUUUGUCUCUAUUCCAGGAAGGAGAGGGCAGAGUUUGAGCAGUGGAAGGCUGAGGAGCUGGCCCGGUUUGAAGAGUUCAAGAGGGAGGAGACUAAGAAGCUACAGAAGGAACGCAAGGUGUUUGAGAAGCACGCCUCCGCCGCCAGGGCCAUACCAGACAAGAGGGAGCGCGAUGAUAUCCAGGUGAGACACAUUUUUACAUUUGAGUCAUUUAGUAGACGCUCUUAUCCAGAGCGACUUACAGGAGCAAUUGCCUUGCUCAAGGGCACAGCAACAGAUUUUUCACGUAGUCGGCUCGGGGAUUCGAACCAGCGACCUUUCGCUUACUGUCCCAAUGCUCUUAACCGUUAGGCUACCUGUCACAGACACACACACAGGUCUUGUAUCCCCCAACGACCCUGCCUCGUACCCCUCAGGCCCUGAAGCAGCAGCAGAGUUCCCUGCAGGAGGAGCUGAAGCGGAGAGAGAGCCGCUGGUCCACCACACACAGCCGUCUCCGGCAGCAGAUAGACUCCCUGAGCUCAGACAACAGCGCCCUGAGAGACGAGGUCCGCACCCUGGAGAAACUACGCCUCAGCACCUGGAGGAAGACUGGGACGGACAGCGACAGAGAGGAUGACAGGCGGGAGAAGGAGAGAGAGCGGGAGGGACCCGGGCCGUUGGACAGCAACAUUGCUUUUGGAGCCAGGGACCUCAAAUCAGCAGUGAGUUUACAGAUUUACUACUACCACCAUUUUGUGAUUUUCCUGUUUUAUUCUCUGUGUUCUGAAUUCAACACGACGGUUAUAAAUUCUGUCAUUUGUUGGACUAAUGCAGUUUGUGUGUUCAGAGUCCUGACACAGUGAGGAGCAGCCCACCACAGAGCAGUAUCUCCUGUAGAGGCAGCCCUGCCAUUCAAGGUACAAGGAAUGCAGCUACAUAUGGACUAAUCAUGAUACUUUCCAUGGACUCAACAAAGGGAGUUAAAUCAAGAAAUGCUAUUUAUUUAUUCAGUUAUAUGUGGAGGUAUUGUUCUACAUUGUGUUGUCUAUCUUUAACAGAAGGUAUCAGGGGCAUCCUAAAGAGGUCAGCCCCUACACCAGCCGCAGCACCCGGUCCCGCUCACAGUUACAGCUCAGAGGAACAACCAUCUUCUUUGACCAGAAGUCACCACCCAGCACAGAGCCACGACCACUCACACAACCUGUCCCCUGUGAGUUACGGCCACACAGCCUUCAUCGUUCACAUUUAAUCCCAAAAUGCUCUUUAUAACGGAUGCAGUUGUAGCAAAUUGGGAUGCCGUGUGUUAGCAGCAUGAAUACGGAGUUGGUUGUAGCCUUGAUCGGCGUCUUCGUCCCCUAGUCUAAAAAGGAUUACCACAGAUGCCAACUACCGGUACAAGGAAUCCUCACUCCGCUAGUGAACGUGCCAAGGGGUGCAUUUUAUACCGUACUAGCGUGUAAGCAUAACCAUAAUAGCACCAUUCAAAGCAUUUAGUUGCAACUCUGAUUGUCGCGUCUGUAGAUUGGUGGUCAGUAUCUAGUUGGCUAAUGUUAGUCGCACAGGUGGCAGGCUACCUUAAUUUAACAUUUGCGCUACCCAGUUCACCAGCUCUGUAAUUUGCUGGCCAGUGAUGCUACCUACAGUAGCACGUUCACUAGCAGCUGUAGCUCAGUUGGUAGAGCAUGGUGCUUGCAACGCCAGGGUUGUGGGUUCGUUUCCCACGGGGGGCCAGUAUGAAAAUGUAUGCACUCACUAACUGUAAGUCGCUCUGGAUAAGAGCAUCUGCUAAAUGACUAAAAUGUAAAUCUGACAUAAAUCACUAGCCUUUUUAAUGAUUUAAUGAAAUAACCUCCAUAAUGCUAUACACCCAUAGUAAUUUAAUAGGAUCUCUGUGUAUACACCACCAUUGUUGUUGUGGUGUUUGAAUGUAGACUGUUUUUACCCACAGAGGGGUCGAGGUCUACAGACUGAGUCCACAGAGGUCAAAGAGCAGCAAAAGCUAAGUCAGGAUGUCAUCAUCCAUCCUGAUGGAAAGGUGAGGCGGGAUGAGGAUUGGGAGGGAAUUUUGUGAAAAUACUUUUGAAUUCAGUUUGUCACUCAAAGCAGGUAUUGUCUCAGAGCCAUACAUUUUAUUAAGAGUUCGGCCCGGUUUUAGAACGGACGGCAUGUUUGCGCCUUUAUUCUCAAUGUUGAUAUAACAAUACGAGAGCGCCACCGACAAUUCCCUAUGAAAUUACUGUAAACAAGCAAAAUGGAGCAGCGAAUUUAACAGGCGUUGUUAUUGAUUAGCAUUUGUGAUAAUGGGUAUCCAAGGCAGUACUGUGUUGUCGUGUCAACAAAUUGCAUAUCUGCUUUCACUGGACAUCUUCAUAGUUUUCAAAACCUAUCAGUAAUAAACAACACAAGGUGGAAGCAUCAAUUAUCACUUAGCAACAGCUAUGGAGGAGAUAGUGGCGCUCUCGGAACGAUCAGACAGAAACCGCAUUGACCCAACUUUCUAAAUAAUGCACACGGAGUCUACAAAACACUAGGAACACCUUCCUAAUAUUGAGUUGCACCCCCUUUUUGCCAUCAGAACAGCAUCGACUCAAGGUGUCAAAUGUGUUCCACAGGGAUGCUGGCCCAUGUUGACUCCAAUGCUUCCCACAGUUGUGUCAAGUUGGCUGGAUGUCCUUUGGGUGGUGGACCAUUCUUGAAACAAACAGGAAACUGUUGAGCGUGAAAAACCCAGCAGCGUUGCAGUUCUUGACACACAACCGGUGCGCCAGGCACAUAUACCAUACCCCGUUCAAAGGCACUUAAAUCUUUUGUCUUGCCCACUCACCCUCUGAAUGGCACACAUACACAAUCCAUGUCUGAAGGCUUAAAAAUCCUUCUUUAACCUGUCUCCUACCCUUAAUCUACACUAAUUGAAGUGGAUUUAACAGAUUACAUCAAUAAGGAAUCAUAGCUUUCACCUGGUCAGUCUCAUGGAAAAAGGUGUUCCUAAUGUUUUGUACACUCAGUGUAUAUGACUGGAUUGUAUUAAUGGAUUUACAGUACCAGUCAAAAGUUUGGACACCUACUCAUUCAAGUGUUUUUCUUUAUUUUUACUAUUUUCUAUGUUGUAGAAUAAUAUUGAAGACAUCAAAACUAUGAAAUAACACAUAUGGAAUCAUGUAGUAACCAAAGAAGUGUUCAAAUAUUCUUCAAAGUAGCCACCCUUUGCCUUGACAGCUUUGCACACUCUUGGCAUUCUCUCAACCAGCUUCAUGAGGAAUGUUUUUCCAACAGUCUUGAAGGAGCUCCCACAUAUGCUGAGCACUUGUUGGCUGCUUUUCCUUCACUCUGCAGUCCAACUCAUCCCAAUUUUAGAUAUUGGUGUCCUUUAGUAGUGGUUUCUUUGCAGCAAUUCGACCAUGAAUGCCUGAUUCGCGCAGUCUGUUACUUGAACUCUGUGAAGCAUUUAUUUGGGCUGCAAUCUGAGGUGCAGUUAACUCUAAUGAACUUAUCCUCUGCAGCAGCUGUAACUCUGGGUCUUCCUUUCCUGUGGCGGUCCUCAAGAGACACAGUUUCAUCAUAGCGCUUGAUGGUUUUUGCGACUGCACUUGAAGAAACUUUAAAAGUUCUUAAUUUCCCAAAUUGACUGACCAUGUCUUAAAGUAAUGAUGGACAGUCGUUUCUUUGCUUAUUUGAGCAGUUCUUGCCAUAAUAUGGACUUGGUCUUUUACCAAAUAGCGCUAUUUGCUGUAUUCUACCCCUACCUUGUCAGAACACAACUGAUUGGCUCAAACACAUUGAGGAAGGAAAUUCCACAAAUUCACUUUUAACAAGGCACACCUGUUAAUUGAAAUGAAUUCCAGGUGACUACCUCAUGAAGCUGGUUGAGAUAAUGCCAAGCGUGUGCAAAGCGUCUCUCCUUUGAAUAAUCUCAAAUAUUUUGAUUUGUUUAACACUUUUUUGGUUACUACAUGAUUACAUGUGUAAUUUCAUAGUUUGUUUCCACUAUUAUUCUACAAUGUAGAAAAUAGUAAAAAUAAAGAGAAACCCUUGAAUGAGUAGGUGUCCAAACUUUUGAUUGGUACUGUAUGUAGUGCUUUUCCAGGAUCUGAAAGUGCUCUACAUUGACUGGGGUAUGUGUUCCUGUCUAAGAUGGAGAGGGUGCUGGCCUGUGGCGGGAGACUUAUCAUCUUUCCCAAUGGGACCAGGAAGGAGGUGUUAGCAGACGGACUGACAGCCAAAGUCACCUUCUUCAACGGGGACAUCAAGCAGGUCAUGGCCGACCAGAGAGUGGUGAGUUACUGACAGUGACCCUUCCCUGGCCUUGGUUCAACACCUUUCUUAAUCAGUGGUGCAGAUAUCUUAAAUGGGAUAUUAAACAAAUGAAUCCCCGAGCUGUGUGGUAGGGUCUUAACUAAUGUGGUCCUCUUACAGAUCUACUACUAUGCUGAUGCCCAGACCACUCACACCACCUAUCCUGACGGCAUUGAGGUUCUGCAGUUCCCCAACAACCAGACCGGUGGGACUUGAUCGAUUGCAUUUAUUCAAUGGAAACAUUUAAUUAAUCAACUUAAUUUCCCCCCUUCUCUACCACCCUGUUCUGACCCAAAACGUGUAUAAGAAGUCCUCAUUUCCUUCUGCAGAGAAGCAUUUCCCUGAUGGUCGUAAGGAAAUCACAUUCCCUGACCAGACAGUGAAGAACCUGUAUCCAGAUGGGACGGAGGAGAGUGUGCUCACUGACGGGACCAUCAUACAAGUUAACCUGUAAGUCCAUGGAGCUUACAUCUGUGUCUGUAUCUAUCCAUGUUCUCUACACUGACAUGCAUCUGAUCUGAUAAAAUGAAGAGUUCCCAAUCUCUGUAUGUCUCUUUCGUGAAGUCAGUGGUUUUAGGGGUGGUUUAAGUGCGUCUCUCUCGUAUCUUUCACCACUGUCCUCAUGUUCACAUUCUCCUCUCCUCCAGGGAUGGCAGUAAGGAGAUCCAGUUCAACACAGGCCAGAAGGAGGUCCACACAGCAGACUAUAAAAGGAGGGAGUACCCAGAUGGCACUUUGAAGACCGUCUAUACAGACGGCAGACAAGAGACCCGCUACCCCACCGGACGCCUCAGAGUCAAAGACAAGUACGGCAACGUUGUCAUGGACAACAGGCCCUAGGACUGUUUACGCUAAGGCUGAAUCACAAUUGAACAUUUGUUUGUGUGAGUUUAAUGUAGUGCGAGUGGCUGUUUUAUUUGUAAAAAUGUCUAAUACAUGCUGAUUGUACAUUUAUUUUGUAAAAUAAAAUGUUUAUCAAAUCACUGCGCACAUUCAGGGAGUGUAUUGAGACAUUGAAGCAGUUUUAAAUGAAAACAAUGAAUACUUCUGUACCCUUCAUACAGACAGUAUUUCAGUUAGAAAAUAAAGCUACAUUCUGCUAAAUAAACAUCUAAACUUUAAAUAAAACAAUGUUAAGAUUUACAUGUACUGUAUAUUCAAGCAGCAUUCUCUCACAAUGCAGAACGAACAGGGAACCCGUCCACAUCACAGCAGAUAUCUGGAGGGGUCAAAGGAGAGAAAGGUUACCAAGUGAAGUGUACUGGAUAACAUUCAGACUACAGAAAGACUUGACGUCGCUCACUUGAACAAACUGAUUAGUGUUAACAGAUUUUUACACUUUCUUUGAAAAGCACUCCUGAGUAGUGUUGUAACCAUACUAAAAUGUUACUAACGAUAUGAUGCCCCCGAAUGCUUGUUCCCGUUUUCUAAACGUUAUGCGCUACGCAAAAAAACCUGUAGCUGAUAUUCAUUCACACUUCUACUCAAUACAACACGUAAUUAAUUAACUGUAUAAAAGAAUACUGCAUAGAAUGGAUGAUUUGCAAAAGCCUACCUGUGAUUCCGCUGGAGGAAUGGAAGGAAGAUACGUACAUGCAUAAUAUCCUGCAUGUCAUUGUGGCAGCAAGGGGAAAACGCUGCAUGAAACAAACAGUCUCCCUCAAACCACUCACUCUCCCACAAACCCACUGCUCCCAACUUUAAAAGCGUUAGGCACCGAACAGAAUUUAAGGAGCACCAGAAAGAAUUUCUGAUAUAGUUUAGGUUUACAUUAGGCCUAUAUGAAUCCUACCUUGAGAAGUAGUGCAUCCCAAUAUGUUGUAUGCUUACUGUGACUGUCACCCUGAUAUUGGCUACUAGGUAGCUACUUCCCACACUGUUGCUGGACAGUAGUGUUUGUCAAGCAGGAGCGAAGAGUACUGUGUCGCGGUGUUGUUGCCGUUCAUGCCCUCCCCAUUGAGUAGUAGACUGUAUGCAUCUGUAUGGUUAUCAAUACUAGUUAUUUAUUGUGUAGGCUACUAUCCUACUUGAAAUAAAAUCAUGGUAGGAAUGAAAUGGCUGUUAGUUACCCGGCUUAUCGACUAGUCGUGCAGCCCAAACAGCCACGCAAGAUUAGCUGAUUCGCUUUCCAUACCCACUCCAUUCGACACACACCCACUCGCCCAUACUCCGGUUGCCAUAUUGGGCUGUAGCUAUCCAUACUUGCCUUUGAAGCACAUCUCAUGAGUAGCAGACCCUUUACUUUCUUCCUGUGCCAAUCAAAUUUGCCUAGACCUACUGUCAAGUUAGCAGGUUGUUAGCUAGCUAGGUAACAUGACUGAACAAUGUUUGUUUUCAAACCAAUAAUUAGCAAUCCAGGAUUAGUUUAAAACGGCCGGUGACAUGGUUUGUUAAAUUAUCUAAAAUGCGUGCAGGAAGGAAAAAAAAAGUAGCUCUGCAAAUAUGGGUCAUAUUUUUGGAACCGUUUGGGCUAGAGACAGUUUUCUUUGCUGUAAAGCUGCAAGCACACCUGUCGCGAAGCGGUGCUCAGAGGCUACGUGACAGCGAACUUGCAAUUGCAAAGCCUACUCAGACUGGCUUGUGCUCUUGGUCAUAUCAGGCAAUGAAAUUAUACAAUGUAUCAACUUUGCUCACUCUGCGCCUUGCUCCAAUGUAUUAAAUGUACAAAUGUAACAACAGAUCUGCAUCUCCGCGCGCCUUCACAGCCAAAUUAUAUUUGAAAAACUGAUGGAGGAAUAGAUGCGCAGGAAGAGCGGACAGAGAGAAACAAGUGAGUGAAGGCUGGUAGGGGAUGCGGCUGGCUGAUUACAGCUGCCACAUGUGGACAUUAUUGGACUGACGCAAGAGACUAGUUACUGUUGCUUAAUAAAAGAUAACUAUAAAGAAUGUUAUAAACAGCACCAGAUGGUUUUUUUAGAUCGGUAGGGCUGAAAAAUGUGGUAGUAUCAUAUGGUACUACGGUAUUCUAAAACGUUGGUAUCAUGAGUAUCAUGACGUUUUGGUACGGUGAUAUUACCGGUAUACCGUGCAACACUACUCCUGAGUGAGAGCCAAACCCACCUUUCUCUCUUGCUGUAGUGUGUCUCAGUCAAAGUCAGCCAGUCCUUUCUCCACCAGAGGCAGGUAGACCAGAGCUCCAUCCUCGUCAUACAGGAACACAGACAGCUCAGGUUCAGUGGCCUGAGACAACCAGGAAACACCAUUAUCACUAAAACUUCAUUAUCAUGAUUGGCGAAGAUGACCAACAGCACCAAGAUUACCAUCUCACAAUGACCUUAUUGGAUGAAUGGUAUGUGAACGGUAUACUGUGAGUAACCACAAUACACACACAACAAUUCUGCUGCUAUCGCCCUUGUUGUGCAGAGACCACAGUGACGCUGAAAGCCAAUAAUCCACUAUCAUAACCAUGACCACACUUAAUGUGUCAUUGUCUAUCCAGCUUCUUAUGGCUGCCACUGAUAUGACGGGGGUAACUAAAGGCAGAUGUUGCUCACGGUAACGGAUGCGGUGCAGCAGCUGUGCAGCAGGUCGAUCAUCUCCAGGGCAGCCUUCAUGCUCCACUCUGGCCGGUAGGACAGGCGCUCCUUCUCCAGGUUGAGGCGGGGGGG